CUCACGUGGUUGUGCAGCAAUAAAUGACAGCGGAGGAUCGUUUCACAACCACACACUUUGUUUAUCAGGGACGGACUGGUUGAGAGGGGAAACCUGGAGCUGAAGAUUUACUGAAGUUAACACCAAAAAGCUGACACACGUGCAACAGACAGAAUGUGGCGUGCAGCCUUCUUGUUACUGGCUGCCAGCUUGUCGGUAAGCCUGGCCAGACCCCACCUCAAGCCACUGUCCAGUGAGAUGGUCAACUACAUCAACAAGGCCAACACUACCUGGAAGGCUGGUCACAACUUCCAUAACGUUGACUACAGCUAUGUCCAGAGACUCUGCGGUACAAUGCUGAAAGGACCUAAACUCCCAGUCAUGGUUCAGUAUGCUGGAGACAUGAAGCUGCCUAAAAACUUUGACUCCAGAGAGCAGUGGCCCAACUGUCCCACGAUUAAGGAGAUCAGAGACCAGGGCUCCUGUGGUUCAUGCUGGGCUUUCGGUGCUGCAGAGGCCAUCUCUGACCGUGUGUGUAUCCACAGCAAUGCCAAGGUCAGUGUUGAGAUCUCCUCGGAGGAUCUUCUGAGUUGCUGCGACAGCUGUGGCAUGGGAUGUAACGGUGGCUACCCUUCAGCUGCCUGGGACUACUGGACUAAAGAGGGCCUUGUCUCUGGAGGACUCUAUGACUCUCACAUCGGUUGUCGUCCCUACACCAUCGCCCCCUGUGAGCACCAUGUGAACGGCAGCAGACCGUCCUGCACAGGAGAGGGUGGAGACACACCACAGUGCGUCUUCAAGUGUGAGGCUGGAUACACUCCCAGCUACAAAGAGGACAAGCACUUUGGUAAAACAUCCUACAGCGUGCUGUCAGAUGAGCAGCAGAUUCAGGCUGAGAUCUUCAAGAAUGGCCCAGUAGAAGGAGCCUUCACGGUCUAUGAAGACUUUGUGCUGUACAAGUCUGGUGUGUAUCAGCAUGUGUCCGGGUCUGCUGUGGGCGGUCACGCCAUCAAGAUCCUGGGCUGGGGAGUAGAGGAUGGUGUUCCCUAUUGGCUCUGUGCUAACUCCUGGAACACUGACUGGGGUGAUAACGGUCUCUUUAAAUUCCUGCGUGGAUCAGAUCAUUGUGGUAUUGAGUCUGAGAUUGUGGCUGGGAUCCCCAAAUAAAUACCAAGGUUUUUGAGCUUGAACGUCAAUUGUAUAACCACCAGAGGGCGACACACUCCACUUGCUGCUCUGGAAGUCAGACUGCUUUCAGCUUUAGUCCCUGUAGUUAAGCCCACUGAUCAAUUUACACAAUCAUUAACAGCAUGUGGUUUUCUGUAGUGAACAAACAGAACAUACUCAAGAGCAAACUUAGCUUAGUUAAUGUGAAUUUGGCAGAGUAUGACAACAGUUUUUGUUUCUGAGCACAAAUCACUUGUUGAAUUUAAGGUAUUCUGUUUUUGUGAAUGGGCUGAUGAGGGUUUUUUUCCCCUCACAUUUAAAAGAAAGGUCAGUCAAAAAAAAAUUCUCUGCAUUUGCAGAAUGAUUAGCCAUCUUGGAGCAAAACAGGUCAUCAAUGGAAAAAAAAAA